UGAAGUCCAAUGUGCGACUUUACGAAGCUUCCAUGCAAUUUCCUUCCACCAAAACCCAGACGUUAAUACCCAUGCUUUUCACUUUGUUUGCAUCACAGAGAGGGCAGCUUUCAUUACAAAAAGAAAAAAAAGGAAGAAAACAAUGUCCUCUGCCCAUGAUUUUGCAUUCUAUAUAUAUCUUCAACUCUAUCCUCUCCUUCCACAUUAAUUCCAUACAAAAAAAUCCAAAUCCAUAACUUGUCUUUACCAAUAAUAAUGGCCACUGAAAAACUCCCAAAACCAGCCAAGUGGUUCUCUAGCAAGGGCCUCAGCCUCAGCUACCAGCAUCUCCGAUCAAAAUCUAGCUCUUCAAGAAGAUUAGACUACGUCCCCAGCUCAAGAUUAACCUCUCCUGAUUCGCCUACUUCACCAAAGAUUGUUAACAAUAAUGCAGUGAUAUCCAGGCAGGAAGAGCUGCGACAAGUGUUUGGUUAUUUUGAUGGAGAUGGGGAUGGAAAGAUUUCAGCCAUUGAACUUAGGGCAUAUUUUGGUUCCAUUGGAGAGUACAUGUCUUAUGAAGAUGCUCUGUGUGUGAUUAAAGAGCUUGACACAGAUGGAGAUGGUUUGUUGGAUUUUCAUGAUUUCUUGAGGCUGAUGAAGAGGGGAGCAGAUCAAGAGGAUUUAAAGAAAGCUUUUGAGAUGUUUGAGUUGGAGAAAGGAGAUGGGUGCAUAACUCCAAGAGGGUUGCAGAGGAUGUUAAGUCGCUUAGGAGAUCCAAAAUCUUUGGAUGAGUGUGCGACUAUGAUUCAGGUGUUUGAUACUGAUGGUGAUGGUGUGAUUGAUUUUCACGAGUUCCAUGAGAUGAUGACUUAAUAAAGAAAUCUCUCAACCAGUCAGUGUUGCAGCACAUCUCUCCUAGCCAUAUCUAGGCAUCGAUUCGAAUAAAUUCUCGUUGAAAAUACUUUCUCGAUUGAACAGGCGAUCGGUACAAACAUCAUAAUAUUUUUUAUUAUACAAGAAAAAAAAGCUCUCUCUUGUGUGUGCUGUAAGCUUAAUUGUCUUCCAACCAUGUAAAAUAAUCUUGUGUGUUCUUGAUUUCUAUUCACUUACUUUGCUCUUGUGUACAUUUUGCAAAAUGAAAAAGAUGUGCGAAAUUUGUCAAUAGAUUAAUAUAUGAUAAUCUCUUUUGUUUGUUUUAA